UCGGCCCGGCUGUUCCCCCCGCAUCGCCCAGUAGGAGGGGCCCCGGGGCCGCCGGGCUGUGCCACCGGAUGCCGUCGGCAGCGCGGAACUUCGGCGCACAAGGAGCCAAAGAGCGAGCCGCGUUGCCGAGGGGCGGGGGAGGAAGAUCGCGCGACGGGGCGUCGCGUCGCUGCGGAGGGAUCCUGUUUCUGGUGGCGGAGGGAUUUGGCAGCACGCUGACUUCCGGCAAGCCCCGACCCGAGAGGAAAAGCCCCGAAGGAAACAAUAACAAACGCCGGAGGAAGCGGUUUUGGGGGUGCGUGUGUCGAGCGGGUCUCGCCCGAGAAGAUGAGCUUCGGCCCCUGUCAGGGGACGUGAGCGCUAUCGGCUGGCCCAGCCAGCCCUUCUCCGCUCGCCCCCGUCGGCCCCCGUGCCGCCAUGGCGGGCGUAGGGCCGGGGGGCUACGCGGCGGAGUUCGUGCCGCCCCCGGAGUGCCCGGUCUUUGAGCCCAGCUGGGAGGAGUUCACAGACCCGCUCAGCUUCAUCGGCCGUAUCCGGCCCCUGGCGGAGAAAACCGGCAUCUGCAAAAUCCGACCGCCCAAGGAUUGGCAGCCUCCAUUUGCAUGUGAAGUAAAAAGCUUCCGUUUUACUCCCCGAGUCCAGCGUCUGAAUGAACUUGAGGCAAUGACCAGAGUGAGGUUGGACUUCUUGGAUCAACUAGCAAAAUUUUGGGAGCUUCAGGGAUCUACCCUCAAGAUCCCUGUGGUGGAGAGAAAAAUCCUGGAUCUGUAUGCUUUGAGCAAGAUUGUUGCCAGCAAAGGUGGUUUUGAAAUGGUCACCAAAGAGAAGAAAUGGUCUAAAGUGGGUAGCCGCUUGGGAUAUCUGCCAGGAAAAGGAACUGGGUCUCUUUUGAAGUCACAUUAUGAAAGAAUUCUCUACCCAUAUGAGCUUUUCCAAUCUGGUGUCAGCCUUAUGGGUGUACAAAUGCCUAAUUUAGAUCUUAAGGAAAAAGUGGAGCCUGAGGUUCUUGGCACUGAUGUCCAAACUUCCCCAGAACCGGGCACAAGAAUGAACAUUCUGCCGAAGAGAACAAGACGUGUCAAGUCUCAGUCAGAAUCUGGAGAAGUGAAUAGAAACACGGAACUGAAGAAACUUCGGAUUUUUGGGGCUGGGCCUAAGGUUGUGGGCUUGGCAAUGGGAGUAAAAGAUAAGGAAGAUGAGGUCUCCCGAAGACGAAAAGUUACCAACAGGUCAGACGCAUUUAACAUGCAAAUGAGACAACGGAAAGGAACUCUCUCUGUUAACUUUGUUGAUCUCUAUGUUUGUAUGUUUUGUGGUCGGGGAAAUAAUGAAGAUAAAUUGCUGUUGUGUGAUGGAUGUGAUGACAGCUAUCAUACAUUUUGUCUAAUUCCCCCACUACCUGAUGUGCCCAAAGGAGACUGGAGGUGUCCUAAAUGUGUCGCUGAGGAAUGUAAUAAACCUAGAGAAGCCUUUGGAUUUGAACAAGCUGUACGAGAGUAUACACUUCAGAGCUUUGGCGAGAUGGCAGAUAAUUUUAAGUCUGACUAUUUUAAUAUGCCAGUCCAUAUGGUUCCUACAGAACUAGUAGAGAAGGAAUUCUGGCGGCUGGUGAGCAGCAUUGAAGAAGAUGUUAUUGUAGAGUAUGGAGCUGACAUCUCCUCAAAAGACUUUGGAAGUGGAUUUCCUGUAAAGGAUGGUCGGAGAAAGAUGCUGCCUGAAGAAGAGGAAUAUGCGCUUUCUGGUUGGAACUUGAAUAACAUGCCUGUUUUAGAACAGUCUGUUCUUGCACAUAUCAAUGUAGACAUCUCUGGCAUGAAGGUGCCGUGGCUUUAUGUGGGAAUGUGUUUCUCUUCUUUUUGCUGGCACAUUGAAGAUCACUGGAGCUAUUCCAUCAACUACUUGCACUGGGGAGAGCCAAAGACAUGGUAUGGUGUGCCAUCUCAUGCUGCAGAACAACUGGAGGAGGUGAUGAGGGAGCUGGCCCCUGAGUUAUUUGAAUCCCAGCCUGAUCUCCUACAUCAGUUAGUCACCAUCAUGAACCCCAAUGUGCUAAUGGAGCAUGGUGUGCCUGUGUACAGGACCAAUCAGUGUGCUGGCGAGUUUGUUGUGACGUUCCCUCGGGCCUAUCACUCUGGAUUCAAUCAGGGCUACAACUUUGCUGAAGCGGUGAACUUCUGCACUGCUGACUGGUUGCCCAUUGGCCGUCAGUGUGUCAGUCAUUACCGACGGCUAAGGCGCCACUGUGUCUUCUCACAUGAGGAACUCAUUUUCAAGAUGGCAGCAGAUCCGGAAUGCUUGGACGUGGGGCUGGCCGCCAUGGUGUGCAAGGAAUUGACUCUCCUGACUGAAGAGGAGACUCGGUUAAGGGAGUCUGUUGUGCAGAUGGGUGUCCUGAUGUCAGAAGAAGAAGUGUUUGAACUUGUCCCUGACGAUGAGCGACAGUGUUCGGCAUGCAGAACCACCUGUUUCCUCUCUGCUCUCACGUGUCCCUGUAAUCCUGAGCGGCUUGUGUGUCUCUACCAUCCGACUGAUCUAUGCCCCUGCCCCAUGCAGAAAAAAUGUCUUAGAUAUCGCUACCCAUUAGAGGACCUCCCUUCUCUGUUAUAUGGUGUGAAAGUCAGGGCCCAGUCCUAUGACACUUGGGUCAGUCGUGUUACAGAAGCAUUAUCUGCCAACUUCAACCACAAGAAAGAUUUGAUUGAAUUACGAGUGAUGCUGGAAGAUGCUGAGGAUAGGAAAUAUCCAGAGAAUGAUCUCUUUCGAAAACUCAGGGAUGCUGUAAAAGAAGCUGAGACCUGUGCUUCUGUGGCUCAGCUGCUUCUGAGCAAAAAGCAGAAACACAGGCAGAGCCCAGAUAGUGGGAGGACUCGGACCAAACUGACAGUGGAAGAGUUGAAGGCCUUUGUUCAGCAGCUUUUUAGUCUUCCAUGUGUCAUCAGCCAAGCUCGACAAGUAAAGAAUCUGUUGGAUGAUGUGGAAGAGUUUCAUGAGCGUGCUCAGGAGGCCAUGAUGGACGAAACCCCAGAUUCUUCCAAACUGCAGAUGUUGAUAGAUAUGGGCUCUAGUCUCUACGUGGAGCUACCUGAGUUAGCCCGACUAAAGCAAGAGCUACAGCAGGCUCGAUGGUUGGAUGAAGUAAGACUGACUCUGUCAGAUCCACAGCAAGUCACUUUGGAUGUCAUGAAGAAAUUGAUAGACUCUGGGGUGGGGUUGGCACCUCACCAUGCCGUGGAGAAAGCAAUGGCUGAGCUUCAGGAGCUGCUUACAGUCUCUGAGCGAUGGGAAGAAAAGGCUAAGGUCUGCCUACAGGCAAGACCACGGCACAGUGUGGCAAGUUUAGAAAGCAUCGUGAAUGAAGCGAGGAACAUUCCAGCCUUUCUACCCAAUGUGUUGUCCCUGAAAGAAGCCUUACAGAAGGCUCGAGAAUGGACAACUAAAGUGGAAGCUAUUCAGAGUGGCAGCAGUUAUGCUUACUUGGAGCAGCUGGAGAGCUUAUCUGCUAAAGGCCGCCCUAUCCCUGUGCGUCUCGAUGCAUUGCCCCAAGUGGAGUCACAAGUAGCAGCAGCACGGGCCUGGAGAGAGCGGACUGGGAGGACCUUUCUUAAGAAGAAUUCCAGCCAUACGUUGUUACAGGUGCUUAGUCCUCGGACUGACAUUGGUAUUUAUGGGAGUGGAAAAAAUAGAAGGAAAAAAGUAAAAGAACUAAUAGAAAAAGAAAAAGAAAAGGAUCUGGACUUUGAGCCUCUGAGUGAUCUGGAGGAGGGAUUGGAGGAAACCAGAGAUACAGCCACAGUGGUGGCAGUUUUCAAAGAACGGGAGCAAAAAGAGAUUGAAGCCAUGCAUUCCCUCAGAGCAGCCAACCUAGCCAAGAUGACAAUGGUGGACCGCAUAGAAGAAGUAAAAUUUUGCAUUUGCCGCAAGACAGCGAGUGGGUUUAUGCUCCAGUGUGAGCUCUGCAAAGACUGGUUUCAUAAUAGCUGUGUUCCUCUUCCUAAGUCAAGCUCCCAGAAGAAAAGCUCUAGCUGGCAGGCUAAAGAAGUAAAAUUCCUCUGUCCUCUUUGUAUGCGGUCUCGGAGGCCGAGGCUAGAGACUAUUCUGUCCCUCCUGGUAUCCCUUCAGAAGUUGCCUGUGCGGCUGCCUGAAGGAGAAGCCCUUCAGUGUUUAACAGAACGUGCAAUGAGUUGGCAGGAUAGGGCCCGGCAAGCCCUGGCCACAGAGGAGCUGUCCUCUGCCCUCGCCAAGCUGUCUGUGUUGAGCCAGCGGAUGGUGGAGCAGGCAGCUCGAGAAAAGACUGAAAAGAUCAUCAGCGCAGAGCUCCAAAAAGCUGCUGCCAAUCCAGACUUACAGGGACACUUACCUAGUUUCCAGCAGUCUGCUUUUAACCGGGUGGUGAGCAGUGUAUCUUCUUCCCCUCGGCAAACGGUGGACUAUGAUGAUGAAGAGACAGAUUCCGAUGAAGACAUUCGGGAGACAUACGGCUAUGACAUGAAGGACACAGCCAGUGUGAAGUCCUCCAGCAGUCUGGAGCCGAACCUUUUUUGUGAUGAAGAGAUUCCCAUCAAGUCUGAGGAGGUGGUCACACACAUGUGGACGGCGCCCUCCUUCUGUGCAGAGCAUGCUUACUCGUCUGCUUCUAAGAGCUGUUCUCAAGGUUCUAGCACCCCAAGGAAACAGCCUCGGAAGAGCCCUUUGGUGCCCCGAAGUUUGGAGCCUCCAGUACUGGAGUUGUCGCCUGGAGCUAAAGCCCAGCUGGAAGAACUUAUGAUGGUUGGAGACCUCCUGGAGGUGUCUCUGGAUGAGACUCAGCACAUUUGGCGGAUUUUGCAGGCCACACACCCACCCUCUGAAGACAGGUUCCUGCAUAUCAUGGAGGAUGACAGCAUGGAAGAGAAACCAUUAAAAAUAAAAGGGAAGGACUCUUCAGAGAAGAAACGGAAACGGAAGCUAGAAAAAGUAGAACAGCUUUUUGGAGAAGGAAAGCAGAAGUCCAAGGAGUUAAAGAAAAUGGAUAAACCUAAGAAGAAGAAAUUAAAAUUAAGCGCAGAAAAAUCAAAGGAGCUAAACAAACUGGCCAAGAAACUAGCAAAAGAAGAAGAGAGAAAGAAAAAGAAGGAGAAGGCUGCUGCAGCCAAAGUUGAACUUGUGAAGGAGAGCACGGAGAAGAAGAGAGAGAAGAAAGUGCUGGACAUCCCCUCCAAGUACGACUGGUCAGGAGCAGAGGAGUCUGACGACGAGAACGCUGUGUGUGCCGCACAGAACUGCCAGAGGCCCUGCAAGGACAAGGUAGACUGGGUGCAGUGUGAUGGUGGCUGUGAUGAGUGGUUUCACCAAGUUUGUGUGGGUGUAUCUCCAGAGAUGGCUGAAAAUGAAGAUUACAUCUGUACAAACUGUGCAAAGAAGCAGGGGCCAGAUAGCCCAGGUCCAGCACCACCUCCUUCCUUCAUAAUGAGCUACAAACUACCAGUGGAAGAUCUUAAAGAGACCAGUUAGCAGCUGCUGGGUUAGUUUGGGACAUGGGGGAAAACGGACCACACUGAGACCGUAGUCAGAGUGGUUUAGAUCCACUCAGAAUGUUGCUUCCAAAGAUGAAUGGCCUUCUGAGCAAGUCCUCCCAGCUGACUUCCUCUUUGCAUGGACGUGGGAUCUGCGUUCUCUGUCAACACAUCUGUGUCGAGGGUGUCUGCUUUGGUCCAGCAGCCAGUGUUUCAAUUCAUGUCUCCUCUGAGAUUGUUUGUCACAUUAAGGCCAGACAUUUGAGCUUUAGGGUGGCUGGUUGGCGUUAACGCAUUGGUGUGCUAGCAGGGCAUGUAGAAUGUGGCUUACGGCCAGUUGAUAUUAGAGGUUUGCAGCCAGCGCCAUCCGGAGGUGCCAAUUACUUGGAUGUCUUUAGUUAGGACAGUGGGAGAGGAGUCAGAGUACCAGUUUCCUUUGACUCUGACCUGGCAUUUGACACCAUACAGAUCCAGCUAGGAGAGCACCAGGGCUGGAGUUAGUCCUGUUAGAGGCCAUGGGAUAGUAGCACAGCCUGUAGACCUCAGCUCCGUGUGCUUGUUUGUACCAAGAAGAAAACCCCAGAUGAGAGGCAAAUCACCUCAUCUUCCUAAGGAGGAGGAUGGCAUCUAGUUUAGAAAUCUGAGUAGAUUGGAUUCUGGGAAGAAGAGAUUUUAUUUCCAAAAAAGCAGCCUUUUUUGGCUUUGAGAAGUCUUGCUGCCUUGGGUCUACAUUUUAGAGAAGAGCAGGUACAUGGAUCCAGGCUUCUGCAGCAGCAAAGAAGACAAGUCAGAAUGUUUUACUGGGCCACGGCGGUGCAUGCUUUUCAGGGAAACCUGCAUUCACAAGUGUACCAGGUGCCACCAGGCUUCAGGCAUGGCCCCAAGCAAGACCAGCAAAUAACAGCUUUUGCCUUGCAGCCCUACCCCCACUGUCUGUGGUUUCCAGGACUGGCAGUUUCUGACCAUGGCCCACAGCAGGCACUGUCGAAUAGCACCAUGGCUUCAUCAGAGGACGUGGGCUUAGAGUACCUCUGGGUGACAAAGUUGUUUUAUUAGUAAAUCCAUUUUUAAAAAAAAAAGAAAAAAGGACUUGUUUUUACUUUUUUCUAAAUGUCUCUGACUACUGACUGUUCUAUAAAUAGAUUAUUUUUCCUUUUUUUAAUAUACAUAUAUGAAUAUAUAAAUAUAUAUAUAUUUACUGUUACCAGCAGCUUAUGACAGAGUUUCAGCAUCAAAAAUUCAUUUGGGGGCUUGCUUUCUCUUCUUGCGUUUUAAUAAAGAAAUCCCAUUCCUUCCUUGUAGUACAAGGAGUUAGCACAUCCUUCUCCAUCUUCACCUGACCAGAUCUUCCAUCCUGGUUUUGUUCAAACAGAUAAUUAUGUUUCCUUUGUGUGUUGGGACUUGUCCCUGUCUGUGGGGAAACCUAGUUGUACUGUAUCUGUGAUGGUGGUUCUGUUCUGUUCUGUUCUGUUUUGUACGUGAAAGUUUGAAACUGCGGUGCUGUGUCCUCCUCCCUCCUGUCGUGUUCUCUGUCCUUGUGAAGGUGUUAAAUAAGCUGUAUGGAAACUCUUAUUAGAAGGGGACUAAUUUUUUUUUUUUUAAGGACAAAAGCAAAACAAAACAAAAAAACCCACCAAACUAAAAAUGGUGUUUUGUCUUCACUAUCCUGUGUCCCUUUAUUUUGGUUUAAAAAAUCUGUGGUUUGACUUAAAUUCAUCAGUUUUCCUUUUAAAAGUGGGGAGCAGGUUGGGCCCAGAGAGCAGCUUCUAGUCUAGUCUUCCCUUUUUGCCCCGAUCUCUUUUAGAGAAAUGUCUUCUAGUAACUAGAAGUGAAAUGUACUGUCCAGUCACAGUUUGAAUGGGUAUGAGAUUUAACUCAAAAGGCAUCCUUACUAAAAAAAGCAAAACCUCCCCUAUAAAAUCCAGUUUCUGGAAAUGCUUUCUCUAUGGUUCAUGCUAAUUUUUUAGUCAUUCUUCCCUUAAUAUCAUAUAACGUUUUGAAUGUUAUGAUGUGUUAAGAGGUUCGUAAGUGUUGGUGUGCGUGGGUCUUAAAAUCUCAAGUGUGUGUAUGAUUUAAGAUUUCAAUGGAAAUAACAAGGUAACUAAGUAACCAGUUUCAUAAGUUUUCAUUUUGCCAAUCUACAUAAAGAUAUUAUUAACUUAGUUAAGAAUUUCAUCUGGUUGAUAUUAUAGAAGGAAGCACAAUGUUUUUUACCUUUUGGCUUUCUCUGUAAAAGUCUUCAAAUGCUUGUGGGUUAAAAAUUGAAUGCAGUCUUAAGUGAUGGCUGCCUGGAAUACAUUUUAAAAUACCUUCUUUCUUCCUUCAUUGCUCAGCGCUCAGUGGAGGGGCAUGAGGUGCUGAGAAAGACAGCUAAGGUGCUCUGCUUCUUCGAGUGGUGGAUGAAUAGAGGGCUGUUUAGGGAAUAGUUUAUGUUCAUGGUAGUAGGUAUUUGCCUGCGUAUUUGACCUGAGAGAAAAACGCCAGGCAUUCUCCAAGCAUGAAUAGCUUCGGGUUUAUCUUCUGACAUUUUGAAACUUAAAUAUAUCAUUUAAUUGAUACUGUGAGAUUUUCUGUAUUUAUUUGAAAGUAACAGAGGAUUUGGUCUGACUUUUGACCAUUUAGACCAAGGCUAAGAACAAAGGAGAGAAAUUAGUUGAAAAAAGAAAAAGGAAACUAUAUAGAAAUGUAUAGUUUUGGAAUUAAUGAACUAAGAUUCCUCUGUUUAAAGAAAUGUAGCUGUUCUAAUAUAAAACUUUUCACUUAGAGGAAAUUACUUACGACAACUCCAUUCUACAGUAUUGUAACAUUUCAUAUUAAAACUUGAUUUAAAAUGUUUCUUUACCCUUCCUAUCUCCUCGAAGUUGCAGUUCUUAACCAUUGGUACUUUAACCAUGUUAGUUAAAUUCUUUCAAAAGGUAUUUCUCACUGUGUUCAUCAUAAACCAUUUUGGCAAAGAUUAUAGAAAGGAAGAUGGAAACUGGUAGGUCAAGAGUAGGUCCUUGGAACCGCACAAGUGUGACCACAGCUUUCUCGUGAUCCCUCUGGCUGCUGUUGGCCUUGAUGCCUGUAGUGACCACAGCAGAGCCGCAUGGAGGUGUAGGGGCCAGACUCCUUCCUGAGCUGCUGCCUCCCAGCUCUGCAUGACUCAUGUGGGCCUCAUGGAACAGCAGCUACUGCCUGUCUAAUUGAAACGGCUAAUGUGAAACCUUUGGUCGCCCACGCUGUGCUUGAAUAAUCAAAACCCCGGUGAGGGCUGACCUGGGAGAUGAGAACAGUUUCACCUGUGCUUCACUUAACCGUCUCUACUUUCAUCUUCAACAAGUGUCCAAGAAAUAUCAGUGUGUUUUCCUUAAUUUUUAGAUUCUUAUGCAGUUCAGUGGGUGUAAGAGCAACUCCCUACUUGUCAAUAUUUUAAUUCUAUACUACAUUUGUGUGACUAUCAGCCAGUGCUUAAAGUAGGAGGGUGAAAGGGAAAACUGAGAAAGCCCUUCUUUCAGAGGGUGGGAUUACCCACUUUUUAAGGAGAAAGUGGCAAUUUAAAGUGGGAUUUGAACAUUGUGGAAGAAUUAAGCAGUUAAAAGUUCCACACAUAACCAGGUUCAAUAAAAGUUUCCAUAUGAACUGGCUUCAUGUGUGUGAAAAGUUGCUUUUGCAGUAGGUCCUUAAGUAUAAAUUUUUAAAAGCACGCAGUUGGUUUGCCUUUUACCUUUUGAAAUCCCACUUUUUCAUUUCUUUAGAUAUGGAUGCGCUGUGGCAUUUAGUAUUCACAGCAUAAGGGAAGAAUGGGCAGUGAUGUGUCUUGCAAUUGUAGUCUUCUCUUGGCCUGGCUCACAUCCAGUCACCACUAUGCAGCGAGUGAUGUGCACUGGGAAAGGGUGUGACAGGUUUGCUUAUUCUGACUUCUGCAGUGCUCCAAGAUCUCUAAACAGGAAUGUCUUUUCUAAGACCUGUUACAUGUUUAUUUACCUGUUAGUGAGACACUUAAAUAUAAUAUGGACUCUAAUUUACCAGGGGUUUUGGUGGUGCCUUAUGAAAAGUAUAACUUGAUUUCUUGUUCUUUGAGCAUGUUUUGCAUUUCUUUUGUUUUCUGAAGGAAUAUUAGAUACAGUUAUUUGCAUUACAUCUAAAAAAUAAAAUUUGUGUGUGUGCUCAGGUCCCCCUACUCUGUCAUUCACAUGGUGGCAACUCUAAGUGGUAACCAAGUAAAGGUAGAUUUUGGUCAUGGGUAUUGAUCUGAGAGCUACGUUUAACCUGUUCCAGAACAGUUUCUCGUGUGCAUUUGCUCUCUAUACAGUAAAGAACUGGCCUCACAUAGCAUCACCAGUGGUGUGACUGGCCUGCUACAUUGAUGCAAAUAGUGUUUUCAGAAAGCGUGAAGUAGAAAAAGUGAUUGCUGCAGAUUUCAUCUCAUUUUCUCUAUUUUCAGCACGAGUCCAGCAAUGGGCAGCAGACAUUUCCCCACCAUUGAUUCUUGAGCCGUUUAUCCCUUUGCAGUGAACCAGUGUUAAUGGCAAGGAAAAUGAGGAAAUUUUUCCUUUUUCCUUCGGCCUCCUAGUGCUUAAAACUAGCUUAAACUGCAACUUACUUCAGAGAAGUAAAUGGCUCUUUUUUUCUCAUUGCCAAGGUUACCAGGUUAUGCAGGCAUGAGGGACAGAUCAUUGCUGAAAAUGGUAAGGUUCUGCAUGCAGUGAAAUUGACCCCAAACAUGAAGUGUGUGACUGUAUAUGUGUUGGGGAGGAGAAUUAGUGGGAAGAAGCCCGAAAAAAUAUGAUUAUCUCAACUUGGAAAAGAUUUUCUUGCCAACAACAACAAAAACGCAUGAACUUUCAUAGGAUUGACAAAUUCUUUUCUUUUAAAAGUCAUGUGGAAUCCUCCCAGUUUAGACCACUUGUUGGGGGCCUUGGCAUUGUGGUUGAUACCAAAGGGGUGAAGAUCCAGAAUCUCUUCACGGGAAGCUUAGCCUUUCAUUGGGAAGUCUCAGGUAACACAAGGAGCAAACAAUACAGAACACACUCCAGGACUAUAUACUGUGACUAAACAGGUGAUUUUGGAAUUUCUUGCCUCGUCUCAUUUGUUCUUUUAAAGUGUGUUUCUACUCUCCUUUUAGUAGGGAGAAAGAUGAUUUAAUGUUUCCAUACAAUUUCCCUUGAAAUUUCUUUACUAGGCAAGGAUUUCCUCUAAUCUCAUCUAUGGAGUCAGGAUGUAUUCUUGUUUAUGCAAAAAAAAAAAAAAAGAGAUCACAAGAAGCCUUAAAGAUGGUUUGGUGGUUCUAGCUGGUGAACUUGGUAGUAAGGAACUCUGGUGAGUUGUCAGGGACAUAGGGAUGAACUCAGAAUCUUUUGCAGUUUAAAAAACAACCUCCCCAUCCCCCCCCCCCCAAAAAAAAAAUCAAACAAAAACUUGGAGAGCCCAGAUGAGGACUUUAGGGUUACAUAAGAAUGUGGGAUUUAGGAAUGACCUGAUUAUUAGCUCUUUGUAGGACCAUCUGCUAGUUACUUCGCUUUUUUGAAUCCCUGUUUCCUACCAUGUGUGGAUACAAAGACAUUUAAGUUAGAGCCCCUCUCCUUGAGGGAGGGUAAGACAUGUAUUUUUAAGGAUGUUUCUUACAAAAAGUUUCAUAGAAUUUAGGAGGAUAGUAGAGGGGUUUUGGACAUGUAGUCCAAAUUCUCAUUAAAUGAUGGAAGUAUCUUCGGUACUCCCGAGGAGGGACCAUGGAGGCUAUAUUGGAUAUUCUGUUUUUACAAAAUGUAAGUCUUGGUCACUAACAGUCAUAUUAGAGCACACCCAUAGUCUUCCCUUCACUUGGGUCUGAAUUUUGCAGAGUUCGUCACACACAAAAGUGGCUUGUGCCCCAGGACUGGCAUCUCGCUGUGCUAUUCAGUAAGACGAGAGUAUCAGACACGUUCUGACAGACCUAACCGCGCCCCACCCUCCUCCUGAGUUGGUACCUGGCCUUAGUGAGUAAAUUCCCCCCACCCCACCCUCCUACAGCAUCAGGCCCUGCCCACUUUGUGCUGGGCCACUCUGCUGAGGCCAGUAGGCCACCUGGGCCCUGGUAGCUUUAGUCUCCUGGCUGAACCUUGCCAUCCUUUCUACUUGCCACUAAGCUUUGUGGUCGCGUGUUUCUCUGUCACUCUAGCGCCACAGGACCUCAUCCCUGAUCAGUUUGGCCAUCAGGUGUUGUUGCUGCUGAAUAUUGCUGAGCACACACCCUUGAUUGGUAGCCCUACAAACUGACUCAACAAGGUAGGCUCUCAGAGCGAGGCAGCAGCCUUGAUGGUCCACCAACCCCGUCCAUUCUCAAAGAUGCUUCAGACCUUGGUUUCUUGUUCAGUCCCAAUUGCAACGUUUCUUCCCUCAGCAGAGUCCUCACCUGUUGUCACAUGGAGGAAACUGAAGCCAACAGGAGGGCUCAGCAUCUUCAUCUGUCUCAGAACAGGUGUGUGUUCUGUGGCCAACACAGACUGUAGACAAGCGGGUGAGUCAGUGAACCCCAUCCCGCCUCACCUCAUAGACCUCGCCCCGUCAGUCAGCACCCCUUCCUCAGCACAUAAGCUCAGGUCUCUCCCACUGAUGUGCUCCUUGACCCUGUCUCCCUCUCCUGCUCUCUUAGUCCUUCCUUUGUAGCCAAGUCCCAUUUGUUCCCCCGCUUCACUUUCAGAUCCCUCCUCUGUCUAUUGUAAUCUGGACCCCACUCUCCACAUUCCACUGAGGUGGCUCUCAUGGAAGUCGUAACUGACUACCUGUUGCCAAGUCCAGUGGGCACUUCACAUUGUACCUGACACUUGUCCACUACCUUUUUAAAACUCCACUGGCUUCUUGGCCACUACUUUUUCCUAAUUUUUCUUUCCUGCAGCUGUUUGUUAGUCUUUUCUGUUUACUCUUCAAACGGUGUCAUCAGAGGCUCUUCCUGUAUGUCCUCCUUGGGUGCCCUCAUUCCCCACCUGCCCCUGCCAGCGAACACUUUAAUGCAGCUGUUUCCCAAAUCCAUAUCACCUGCCCAGGCUUGCUUUCUUUGCUCUUCAAUCAACAGUCUGGUAAACAUUUCCACUUGUAUUUGUUUUAAUCACUCCACACUCCUUGUGUCGAAACCUAACUUACCACCUUCCCACCCUCAAGCCAGUUCCUCUUUAUUCUCUUUCCGAAAGAAUAGCUAGAUACCCGAGCCAUAAUUCUGCAAGCCAUCCUGAAUCCUUUGUGACCACUCGCUCCCCGUGGGCGAUGAGAUGGUCACUAAAUCCUUUAGGUUCACUCCCAUUUUCAUCUCCAUCUCCUGUUCCCUUUGUGAUGCAUCGCUUCAAGUUCUCACCACUCUCACCCAUUUUUCUGGACUAGACUUAGGUCUGGUCGAUCUCUGAUUCAUCUUCCAAAUUUGUACCAGAAUAAACUGUCUAAAGAGCCAAUAUGUUCACUGCAUUGUCCUAUGGAAUCUUCUUGUGUUUAUCUUUCUAAACCCACCUGCUUCCACACACCUUCAGUCACUGUGCUUCCCACACAUGGAUUUUCAUUUCCUUAAACAUGCGAGGCUCCUGUCUCUGGGAUGCUCUUCCAGCUCCCAUUUUUGAAACUCGAGCUUAAAUGCUACCUCUUCAGAGGCCCCUGUUCUCUCACAACACCUUGUUCGCGUCCCUUAUGGGGCUUUGCCGUAAGCGACAUGAUGGUUUAUAAAUUCCAAGGGGACAGGGGCUCUGUUCCCUGAAUCUCCAUACCUAGCACCGGGAACAAUAGCCUGUGCAGAGCCAACAUCCAGUAAAUAACCUGGAUGGCUGUUAGUUCGUGCCUGUGUUCCUCCCCGUGCGUUCACUCUCACGCACACUGUACGUUACUCUGUGCCUUCGUACUCCUCUUUUUUCCAAGUUCAGCACACCCCAACCUCUGCUGAGAAGUCUUUCACAUCACUGCUUUCCUCCUGAUCUGACUUAGAUGUCCUUCUACGGAGCUCUGAUAACAUUUAGAUUUACAGCUUCCCAACGUGUGGUCCCCAGAUCCGCAGCCUCAGCAUCACCCCAGAACUGGUUAGACAGGCGGGUUCUUGGAUCUUACCCCAGACCUUCGGAGUCAGAAACUCCAGGGGCGGGGCCGACAACCUGCGUUUGACAAGGCCUCCAGGUGAUGGCGCUGCCUGCUGGCGUUGGAGAACCCUCGACUAUUUCACAGUCACUGCGUUUGUCUCUCCAGGACUAGCACAAUGCCUAGAACUAGAUUAUUUUAAUGAUCUUCCUCGUGGAGAACUGAAAUCCUGUGGCCUUCUAUAGCAAUCCUGAUUCUUUCAAGGAUCUGAAAACUAGUUCAGCUACCCUUGUUUGGUAGCCUUUUAAUAUUUAAGGGUAGCCAUUAUUUCUACUUCCCGACCUUCAUCCUCAGUCUUCUGGUUUAAUGUUUUCUUUCUCAUGUGAUGUGACUGAGUGCCUUCAAAUUCCAACUCAUUGGAUUUAUCUGAACAAACUCCAACGUACUUCAUACCCACCGUAAGUACAUAUAUUCAGAGCAUCCUUUUAGCUUUCAAGCUACAAUUCUAAAAGUGGAACCAUGUGUCUGUGUAGUCACCCCAACAAGGUGGUGUUCACAGUGACCAUGACAAGAUUCUGUUGUAGAGUUAGGGAUGGACAGUGGAAACCAAAGGUGGUCCAGAGCUCUGGAUAUGUUCUGCCUCAGAGAACUUGGCUGCGGUAACCUGAAAGUCAUUCUGUAAAGCGAUUUCAUAUCACUGAAUUGGUGAUUCUUGGCCAUGGUGGCACAUUCAAAUUGUCUGGAGAGCUUUUAAAAACCAUUCCUGCCACAAUCACGCCAGAACAAUGAAAUCACAGUAUCUCAGAGUAGAGCCCAAGCAAGAGUGUUUUUUUGAAACAGCUUUAUUGAGGUAUAAUACCAUUAAAUUGCUUUAUGUACAAGUCAGGGAUUUUCAGUAAAUUUACAGAAUUGUGCAACCAUCACUCCAAUCUAACUUUAUAGUGUUUCCAUCGCCUCAGAAAGAAACUUCAUGCCUAUUCAUAUCACUCCUUGUUUCUACUUCCAACCCCAGGCAGCCAUGAAUCUACUUGUUUCUUUAGAUUUGCCUUUUCUAGACCCAAGCAUUAGGAUUUUUAAAAAAGCUUCCAGGUGGUUUUAAUAAUGCUGCCAGGGUUGAGAAUCGCAGUUCUAAAUGCAUGAUAAGGAAUCAGUGAUUUUUAGAACUGUGUAUAAUAAAGAUAUUUCAUAUAUUUUCACAUUUGUGCCUGCUGCCUAUGCCAGCACACAUAACCAUCACUAGUAUAAGAUCAUUAACUUGAUAAUGAAAGUUAAUGGACCAUUCUAUUAUUUUCCCUUUAUACCUUGUAGUAUCGAGUUCACAAUUGCCUCCCAUUCUCUCUCCAGACUAUUUGAAAAUAUCUCUAGUCUGCUUUUCCCCCUUUAGCUCAUGCAUUAACAGCAACAGAAGUUCUCUCAGGAGCAAUCUCCCUGAGAUGGUGUCUCUGGAAGUGAUUGCAAAGUAUUGGUGUCAAUCCCGUACGUAAAGUUAUUUUCCUUUAAGAAUCUUUCACAUUGGUGUUUCUUUACCGGAUGUUUUUCUGUCUAACUUCUCUGCCAAAUAUAGAUUUUUUUUUUUGUCUUUUUAGAUACACUAAUAUUUCUAAAAAUUUUGGGGAAAAUAUGUUUCUUGUUUUUUAAAAAACAGUACACGCACAUUUGUUUCAAAAAUACUAAGAAAAGGAAAUAAAUGAAACAUCCUCCACCCAAAAAUGACCACAUUGAGAUUUAAGCACAUUGACUUUCAGACAGCUCCCUGUGUAUCUCUAGGUGUGUGUGCCUACAGACAUGUACACCGUUUCAUGAGUGAAGUCACACACAAUGUACUGCUUUGUAACUUGCUUCCUUUACUUGCUGUCAGCGUUUGUAUAUGACAAUGAAUACAGAUUUGUAUUGUUUUUAAUGGCUAUAUAGUUUUGCAUUCAAUGGAAUCUUAAUGAUUUUUAAGAGUUAUGUAUAUUGAGGACAUUAUUUCUCUGUCUUGUGUUGCACAAUUUUGAUCACCUUAUUAUUAGUCUUUUAACCUUAUUUAUAUUUUUUCUUUACAGGCAUUAUUAAAUCUCAUGCUGUUAACCUCUUUAAUUUUAUAAUUCCUGAUUUUCCUGACAUGCUUAGAAUGACUUUCUCCUCUACAAGAUAAUAAAAGUACCUCCCCGAUUUUGCUUAGUACUUUUAUAGUUUUAUUCUGUAUACUAAAUUUUUGUUCCAUCUUGAAUUAAGUGGUGUGAAGAAUGUCAAGUUUCUUUAGAUUAUUCCUCUCUUGGCUACAUUUCUGAAGUGUCUUACAGUGUCCACAUUCACUCUUCAAAGUAUCGGAGCAUCUACCUCGCGUGUGUCUGCGUGUGUAAAUGGGGUCAUCCCCAAACCUUUGCCUGCCCCACGCGCGUGCGUGUGUAUGUGUGUGUGUGUGUACCCGCUAUGCUGACUCUCUGUUGCUGUGUAGCAGUAUUACCACAAAUGUCACAGCGUAAAGCAGCACAUUUAUUACCUCGCAAUUUCUGUGGGUCAGGAGUCAGGGCUGGGCUUUGCUUGGUGCUCUGCUUCGGGGUCUGCCAGGCUGUCAUCAGGGUGCCCUUUGAGGUUGGCUGGGAAAGGGUCGCUUCUGAGCCCGUGUGGUUGUUGUCUCACUUAGUUCCUGUGGGCCGUCGGACUGAGGGCCUCGGUGUCCCAUCGGCCCCGUCCUCAGCUCCUGGGCUCCUGCGCUUCCCCGACACGGCCACUUGUUUCCUCAAAGCCAGCAAGGCAGGGGGUGUUCUGCAAGGCAGAGAUCACAAUCCUAUGUAAUGUGGUCACGUACAGGCAGUUACGUAUGGCCUCUCACCUGUGCCACGUUCUCCUGGUUAGAAGUUCCAGGCCCUGCCCAUACUUCAGGGGAGGAGGUCACAGAGGCUGUGAAUCCCAGGAGGCCAGGGUCCCUGGGGUCUGCCUCCCUUGCAUAGUCCCCGGUGAGUCAAACGCUGCAUCAGGUUCACACUGCAGUGCCCGAGGAAGGAAUGUUAAUGAGACUCACUCUAUUCACAUUAGAUUGAAAAAGAAAAGGAUAAUGGCUUUGUUCCUCUAAUGUUCAUGAGAAGAAAAAAUAACUUUUUUCACUUGGGCUAAAUGUUUAUAAGACCGCCGCAAUUUGGGAUAAUUAUAACUGCUCUUUGGCGUUUAGUAGAACAAACCUUUUCUGCUUCUUAGAGAAACAGAAAUCUCCAAAUCUCAUCAAGUCUAUUUCAGUGUUCUGGGUUCCCUGACCCUCCUGGUAGUUCUCUUCCAAACACACUCCAGGUUGUUCAUAUCCCUUUUAAUGUCUAUGCAAAGCAUUCUUUUAAUCUUUAAAUUACAAUUCUGGAUAAAGGAAUCAGAUGUCCUUGCAUUGUUUAAUUUAUAAGAUUCACAAUAUGCAUAAUUGAGUCUUUGCAAAUCUGUUUCCUCUCUGUAUGUUCUUCUUUUUCCUUCUGUAGCCUCAUGCUUUUGAAUGCUGUCAGCAAAAACUGCUGUAUUUUCGAUUCCUGAGCUCCAUUCACAGAUACAGAAAUGGGAGGAUUUCUCUUAUCACGGAAAUGACUCUCUUCUUAUCUUUCCUGUUCAUUCUUUGAGUUCCUAUUUAGUUUCUGGGCAUGGGUAAGUUGGCAGCUUAGUGAAUGUAUUUCUUGGUAUGUGGUAAGAAAGGAUAGGCAAGAGAGGAGACUGGAAGCUGAAUUCAGAGUCUGAAAGUGUCUCAUCCCAGGUUUAUAAACUAGUAAGUCAUAAUUCCUUUCCAAGGUAAUAAGGUAGUAAGAUUGUUGUCUCUGCUACUGACAGGCAAUUCCUGUACAUUCACUUGACUGUGGCAACUUUACCUCUCAGCAGGGCAUGGGCAGGGCUAGCUGUGUGUGUUUGCUUUACAUUUAUUUUUCUGGGAAAUAUUUAAUAUCCUACUGCUCUAGUUUCUAUGGGUAUCUAACUAUCUAUCUCUAGUAUCUAUGUAUCAUCUAUCUAUCA